AUGCCGCCGAAGCCGCCAUGCCCUCGCUUCUCCAGAUUCUCGAAUUCGAGCGCCACAAAGCACCUCGACCCGUUUCGAGAAAUCGCCUCGCGCCUGCAAUCAUGCACGCGCGCGACCCACCUCGACCAGAUGCACGCGCACCUGACCACCACGGGGCUCCUCCUCAACCCGGUCAUGGCGGGCAAGCUCGUCGCGGCUCUGUCGGCGAGCCCGUCCCCGUCCGCGGUUUCCGCGGCUCAUUCCGUCGCUCGGGGAAUCGAGGGUCUCGACUCGUUCACGUGGAACGCCGUCAUCAGGGGUUACUUGGAGAGGAACGACCCUCAAAAUGCCGUCUUGGUGUAUUCCCAUUUGAGGGGACUGAACAAGACGGUGGACUCUUAUACUGUUCUGUUCGUGAUCAAGGCUUGCGGGUUGAUUCCCGCGAUUGAUCAAGGGAAACUGAUGCAUGCCCAGAUUUUGAAGAUGGGUUUUGUGUCGGAGAUCAUCGUGCAGACCGCCCUCCUUAAUAUGUAUGCGAUGUUCGACGAAAUUCGGAGCAUGCAGAAAGUGUUCGACGAAAUGCCUCGUAGAGACCUAGUUGCUUGGAACUCUCUUAUUGCCUCGUAUAUUGGACGGAACUGCUCUAGGGAAGCUCUUGAAGUUGCUCGCACCAUGGUCCAUGACAAUGUGACUGUAAAUGAAGUGACUGCAGUGAGCGUUCUCUCGGCUUGUUCGGUGCUAAAGGCCUCGAGAGAAGGGAAAUCUGUCCAUGGUUAUUUGCUAAAAACCGAUGUCAAUCUGGAUGUCUUUGUUCAGAAUGCCUUGAUAGGGAUGUACUCCAAAUGCGGUUCUUUACUGAACGCUUGCAGGAUUUUCCGUUCAAUGGCUACGAGGAAUGUUGUUUCGUGGACAGCAAUGAUCGAUGGCUAUGCAUGGAAUGGUCAUUUUAAUGAAGCAUUGUCUAUUUAUAGACAAAUGGAGUCUGCCAAUGUAAGACCGGAUGAGGUUACUCUGUUGAGUGUUAUUUCGGUGUGCUCUGAGUUGGGAACCUCUGAACUCAGUGAGUGGAUUACUCUAAUAGUUGAGAAAUGUGGACCUAAAAGGGAGAGGACUACUCUGGCUAAUGCCCUUAUGAGAAUGCAUGCAAAAUGUGGUAACAUCUUGAAGACUUGUCAAAUUUUCGAUGGGAUGAAGGAGAGAACACUAAUAACUUGGACCACUAUGAUUCAGGCCCUAGCAAUGCACGGGCACGGCAGAGCUGCUUUGAUGAGGUUCGUUCAAAUGCAGAGGCAAGGCUUAAAACCUGAUGGGGUUGUCUUCCUCUGUGUACUAUUCGCUUGUAGCCAUGCUGGUUUGGUAGAAUAUGCAAGAAAAUGUUUCAAUCUAAUGAUAAAGGAAUUUAAUGUCAAGCCAUGGAUGGAGCACUGUGGCUGCAUGGUGGAUCUAUUAUGUAGAGCUGGGCUAGUUGAAGAUGCAUUUGACUUUGUGGCGAAUAUGCCAGUUGAACCAGAUAUGAUUCUGUGGAGAAUGCUCCUCGUGGCUUGUCAAAACCAAGGACGCCCCGAACUGGUGAGUCAAGUUAUGGAUCAUAUACAUGAAUUGGGGCCUAAGAGUAGCGAGGACUACGUGCUAAUGUCAAAUGUGUGCGCUUCAGUGGCUGAGUGGGAUGUCGUGAAAGAAGUAAGAGAGGAGAUGAAGCAAAGAGGGGUCACUAAGGAGGUUCCUGGUAGCAGUUUUCUCGAAGUAGAUGAAAAUGUGCAUACAUCCUGA